AUGGUGAACGGGAAGAUGGAGUGCCGAAGGGUCCUUCCUGACUACAUUGCGUUCGGCGUCGAUAGGGUGAAGAGUCGUUUAGUCACGAGCAGGGUGGGUCACCACUUGGACAUGCAACCACUGGUGUUCAUCCUCAACUGCGAAAUUUCUCUAUUCGUCCACGGCAUCGAACGCCUGACGAAUUGUUGUCGUCCAGUCCAGUCUUGA